AUGGCGUCAUCUCCACCUCUUGUGGCUUGUUGGCUUGAUCAAAGCAUUGGUGAAGCUGGUGCACAUCUUACAUUAAAAGAACGUUUCGAAAGUGUUUCAAAUCGUAUUGUAAAAUGGCAUUAUUUUGACUCGACUGAUCAAUUUAAUGAAUUCAUCGAUGGAAACCCUAAUGUAAAACUUGUUGCUAUUAUGUGCGGUCAUCUUGCUAAAUGUCUUGUUCCACUCGUUUCUGAUCGAGAUGCUUUACAUAGUGUUUACAUAUUUUGUGGUAAUAAAGAGAAAUACAAGUCAAAAUUUUCAGAUGAAAAAAAAGUGAAAGGUAUAUUCAAUUCGGAGGAUGAUUUAUACCGACAAAUACAAAUUGAUUUGAAGAGAGAAUUUCCAUAG